UGUGUAUAAGUUAGGGACAAAAACAUAUUUAACCAUAAAUAAAUUGAUUAAUAAAAUAUAAAAAUUUCAAUUAAUUAUCUUGAAUAUGAUUGGUCCAUCUAGAUCAUGGGUUAUUUAACCCAAAUAUUACCAUGGGUCAUUUAGACAACCCAGGCUAAUUAAUUAAAAGUUAUGUACAAAAGUUUAAGAGACAUUGAUAUGCAUGACAUUUUUUCAAUAGUUUCUGUUGUUCUCUCUGAGUCUAUAGAAAGUGAAAGAAAUAACCGUUGUGAGAGCAAGAAACUAUGCCUGCAAUGGUGCUAUCCACCUGUUUUCUCCACUUCCCCGUUUGGAAUUUUCUGCCAUGCUUUCCAUCAUUGCUUCUAAAAUUCAAAGCCAAACAAACAUAAGUACAUAACAAUAACAUAGCAAAAACAUUAACUCAUCUUUCUCUUACAACCUGCGAAUGUGAAGCAGAAAAUCUAUCUUAUAUUCUUAUUCUUAACCUUUCCAUCCAUCCAUCACUCUCACUGUUUCCUUAACAAUUCACCAAUGCCAUCAUCACUUCCCAUGAUCUCCAUCAUCGUCUUCUUCUUCUUCGCCGGCGCCGCCACACAAUUCGACUUCGCGACCAUAACAUUGAGCACACUCAAGCUUCUCGGCGAUGCUCACCUCACCAGUAACAACACCAUCAGCCUCACUGGCGACCCUGCUGUCCCCAAUUCCGCCGCCGGCAGGGCACUCUACUCCACCCCGGUCAGAUUCCGGCAGCCGGGGAGCCUCCUCCCGGCGAGCUUCACCACCUUCUUCUCCUUCUCCGUCACCAACCUCAACCCCUCAUCCGUCGGCGGCGGCCUCGCCUUCCUCAUCUCGCCAGACGCCGCCGCCGUUGGCGACCCCGGCGGGUUCCUCGGCCUCGGCGGCUCAUCUUCCUCCUUCCUCGCCGUGGAAUUCGACACCCUCAUGGAUGUUGACCUUCAUGACAUUAACGGGAACCAUGUCGGGUUGGACCUCAACACCGUCGUUUCCACCCAGGUUGGUGAUUUGGGGACCAUCGGAAUCGAUCUCAAGAGCGGUGACUCGGUGAACGCGUGGAUUGAGUACGAUGCGAGGAGCAAAGGGUUUCGCGUUUGGGUCUCGUACUCCAAUGUGAAGCCCAGGGAUCCGAUUCUGAAGGUGGAUCUUGAUGUGGGUCAGUACGUGAAUGAGUUCAUGUUCGUGGGGUUUUCUGGGUCAACACAGGGAAGCACAGAGGUUCACAAUGUGGAGUGGUGGAGUUUCACCUCCACCUUUGAUUCUACGGCGGCGCCGUCGUUGCCUCCGUCUGCUCCACAAAAGGAGAGGAAAUCCUCUUCUUGCCACAGUGGGUUGUGUAAGCAGGGAAUGGGAGCGGUUGCUGGUGUUGUCACUGCUAGUGCUUUUGCUCUUGCUCUGUUUGCAGGUGCAUUGAUUUGGGUGUAUUCCAAGAAGGUGAAGAGGCGUGAGUCACUUGAGUCAGAAAUCAUCAAAACCCCUAAAGAGUUUGCUUAUAAGGAUCUCAAAUUGGCCACUAGGGGCUUCAGUGCUAAUAGGAUUAUUGGUCAUGGUGCCUUUGGGACUGUGUAUAAAGGAGUAUUGCCAGAGAGUGGUGACAUUGUUGCUGUGAAGCGGUGUAACCAUGGUGGUCAGGGGAAGAAUGAGUUUUUGUCUGAAUUGUCCAUAAUUGGAAGUCUCCGGCAUCGGAAUCUUGUUCGGCUUCAAGGUUGGUGCCAUGAAAGAGGUGAAAUUUUGUUAGUCUAUGACUUGAUGCCAAAUGGGAGUCUAGAUAAGGCUUUGUAUGAGGCCAGAACACCUUUACCAUGGCCUCACAGGCUCAAGAUUCUGUUAGGUGUGUCAACUGUUUUGGCCUACUUGCAUCAUGAGUGUGAAAAUCAGGUGAUUCACAGGGACAUUAAGACUAGCAAUAUAAUGCUAGAUGAAGGAUUCAAUGCUAGGUUAGGUGAUUUCGGAUUAGCGAGGCAAACGGAGCAUGACAAGUCCCCUGAUGCAACCGUGGCUGCUGGCACAAUGGGGUACCUGGCUCCUGAGUAUGUCCUCACAGGUAGAGCCACUGAGAAAACUGAUGUGUUCAGUUUUGGUGCUGUGGUUCUUGAAGUGGCCAGUGGGAGAAGACCUAUAGAGAAAAACGCCACUGAGAAAACCAAUUUAGUUGAAUGGGUUAGGAGUUUGCACCAGGAAGGGAAGUUACUAAUGGCUUCUGAUCCAAGGCUUCAGUGUAAUUUUGAUGAAGGGGGGAUGAGGAGGGUGCUCUUGGUUGGGUUAGCUUGCUCACACCCUGAUUCAAUUGUAAGACCAUCUAUGAGGAGUGUGGUUCAGAUGCUGCUUGGUGAGGCUGAAGUUACUAUUGUCCCUAGAACAAAGCCAUCUACUAGUUAUAGUACUUCUGAGCUCUUGAUGAACUUGCAAGAUAGUGAAUCUGACAGCAAUGCCAUAAUCACCAUCUCUACCUCCCCAUCAGAGGACAGCUUCAAUCAUAGAGAUAUAUAGCAUCA